GAAUAUGGGCUGUUCAUUAAUUAAUUACAUUUACUAAUUGGAACACACUACCGGCUUUUACAAACCUCCGAAGUCAAUAUGGCCUCUGCGGACCAGCAAUACCUCAGCAUCCUACUUACGGAUGACAUGAAAUAUGACAUUCGUAUUGAAAAUUCUCAAUUGCAAAGCGGAGAAUUCUACGUAGAAGGCAAUCCAAAUGAUGUUCUGACAACCGAUGAUGUGGAUGAUACAAGCGUCCGUCACAACGGCGGCAGACGGAGUAUUUGCUCCUGUGGCGAGGCCGGCUCUAUGUCAGGAACUCAAGGCUCUCUCGAUCUAGUUGACGAUGUGAGGGAUACUAAAAUUUGUACCCUUACUUGGAGAGCUUCUAUGGAACCUGGAAAACAAAAUGCUUUUUUAACGAGUAAUCUGAACCCAAGAUACCAAGUCGAUAUUGGCAAAUGGAAUCGAUCCGGUAUCAUGGGAGAAGUCCCGGUGUCUAUCCUGGAGAUGUGACAUGCUGCUGUACUACUGUAUUUCCUGUCUCUCUCAAUGUCUGUUGACACAAAAAAUUAUAAAUAGGAGUGAUAAUUCAGCAAUUGAGUUUCUAUAUGGGAUUGCUUAGGACUACAGAGCAUCUCCUGCUCUCAGAUUUAACCGGCAUUAAUUAACUCUCGUCUCCAUUAACCUAAAUAGAAA